AAUUUACCGCUGCUGCUGCUCUGCUCCGGCUUUUCCCCAUCGCCUCCUGACCACGAUUCGAUUCGAAUCCUGCAACUGCGUCUAUCCGUCUUCAUACCCUAACUACACCCCUCGAAUUGAAUCCAUCCCAUCUCUUCCUUCAUCCAUCAGUGCACCCACCUACCUCCUCCGAAGUACAUCUGCCCGAACAAUACCUGCUACAACAGUUUCGUAUCAUUUCAGCAAUCCCAACCGCCUCACAGUUCCGGACCCGAUUGAGCCACAAAAUAAUACAAGCAGGCUAUUAGUCCCUAAUAGCUUUCUAGGAAAUUUUCGACGGCAAAAUGGACCGCACCGGCGGCUUCUACAAGAGGCCUGGCUCGGCCAUGUCCAAUACAUCAUCAACCAAAUCUGAGAAGGAAGACAUGUGGUCGUCAAUGUUGUCUUCUGUUGCUUCUUCUAAGAGACUGCCACAUAAGUCCAUCCUAGUCUUAGGUGGAUCGGCGGAGGGCCAAAAGGAGUUUGUGGAGUCUUUGGGGGGAGGAGCAGGCAGCAGCACUCGUGGGGGGAACCGCAAAGGGGAGAAGAGGCCGCCGAUAGCUAAUGAGUUUGCCUUGGGCUAUGCCUACCUUGACGUUUUGGAUGCCGACCACGAAGAUGUUCUUGCUCGCCUAGGGGUGUAUCUAAUUUCCGAACCUACCCCGUCUUUCAUACCGCUUCUCCAGCCUCUUUUUACCCCCACAACGCUCCCCGAGACGUUAGUUGUCAUACUCCUCGAUUGGUCAAAACCCUGGGACUGGAUGAGAUCUAUUAAGACAUGGGUUCGGUUGCUCCGGGGGAUAUUCACCAGCCUGGAUGACGAUUGCCGGAGAACGUUGGAUGAGGUUACACAUGCAUGGGAAACUCGACGCAGUACAUAUACAGACGCUGGGGGUGGAGAAGUAACCAUUCCACUAGGCCCGGGGGAAUUCGAUGAACCCCUUGGAUUGCCUCUUUGUGUUGUCUGUUAUAACGCGGACAAGAUUGAAACGUUAGAGAGGGAGCGAGGUUGGAAGGAGGAGGCGUUUGAUUUCGUUCUCCAAUUUCUAAGGACGGUAUUGCUGAAACACGGAGCUUCGUUAAUUUACACGACCCCCUCUGCGCCAUCUCCAAUAAGACAGUUAAUAUUAUCCCUACUAUCAAUACAAUCAUCCUCACGGCAGCAAUCCCUAAAACACAAUGUGAUUGAUCGCGAUAAGGUCCUUGUGCCCCCUCAUUGGGAUUCCUGGGGGAAAAUCCGCGUCUUACGUGAAGGCUUCGACGUUGAAGGGAUAGGUUCCGGUUGGAGCAUUGAUAUUUCUCCGGGUUCAACCGAUCAGUCUGGUGUGGAGGAUGGAGCUGUGGAGAUUUAUGAGGAAGUCAUCAAGGACCCUAAACGUGGUGAUCCCGAGGGACUCGAUUUACUCAACAAAAGUGGAGGCAGUGGUGGGAUUGAAGUGCCCGCUGUCGACACCCAGGUAUUCCUUGCUGGCCAACUGGAAUUACUAGAAGCCAGAGCUGCAGAAGAGAUGGCUACAAGAGGUGGGAGAGAAGAUAAGUAUAAUACAGCGAGUGGAGAAGAGGUUAUGGAACAUGUGGGGCCGGUGCAGUUUAACGUUGGUGGAAUUCAAGUCGAUGCCGAGAAUAUGCUUGAAAGGCUAAAAGAACGAGAGCAAACCAGGGCUUCCGAACGGGAACCAAUGCCACCGAAUCCGACAGGUAGCGAAGGGAAGAGCCAAAAUGAGGUAUUAUCUGCAUUCUUCUCCUCAUUGAUGAAGAAGAAGGGGACAACAAAGGGAACUUCGCCUGGAUCCUAGUUGGACGAUUGUAGGCAAGCCAUAAUAUAUCAUCGGUUGCAUCAUUCUGUUUUUAACAUCCCAAUGUACCAUUUUGGGUUCUUACUGUCCCGGUAUUCCCUCAGGCUUCUACAUAAUAUACUACCCAAGUACUUAUUGGUUUCCCAUUUGCCUUUUUCACAUUUUUAUCCAUUUUUUACUGUUUUUCUUCUGUUUUUUCAUCACCCUUGAUCGGAGGAAUCUCAUCAAAAUCCGGCUGGGGUUUAGGGAAAGGGUUAUUUCAACUGAUUAAAUAGAGCGGAGCAGCAGAGGCAUAUUUGUGCCACCGA